AUGAACUGGGUUGGAGGAGCUAGAAGUCGUGUAAAAGCGGAAAAUGAUAAGAAGAAACAACGAGAGUUUUUCGAGAAGCAAAGAAAAAAAACAUCUUCGAGCAACGUUAAUGAAUCCUUGUCCGUAUCUACAUUAAGUCACGAUUUGAUUACAUUUUAUUUAAAACAACGGAAUUUAAAGAAAGGCAGCGUUCCUUCCAAACCCUUAAAAAUGAUGAAACAAAACUUAGAUAAGAGAUCCAAUUCCUUUGUCCUUCAUGCAACUCUUCCAUUACCUGAAACACCCUUAGAAGAUAAUCCAGUUUCGAAAAAUAAAAUUAUGAAAAAUUCUUGGGAAGCUCGCAAUUCAAAAUUUGAGAAUGGGAUUGAAACAGAAAUGCGUUUCAAUGGGCAGAUUUCUCUUAAUCAAGCAAAAACACAUCAAACAAGUUCAGAUUCUGAAAUUAAUAUUGCGGAUAUUUAUGAUGUUGAAAACAUUUCACGCGAAUAUGCUGAAAAGGAUACCCCCGAAAAUACGAAUGACCUCGUAAACCAAUCUGGAAAUGGUGUUUUAGAAGACAGCUUCUUUAAAACCGAUAGGCAGUUUAUGGACAUUUCCAACGCUUGUCGUGACGAUGUAGCCGACGUUGACCAAUUGAAGAGAGCUGGUAAAGUCAAUGAUAAUUUCCGGACAAGUAGCGAAAAUGUCAAAUUUUCCCCAAAUAAAAAAGAUACGAAUGCUUUUUUUGACAUUUUUUUGCAUAAGACAUUGAAGGAAAUUAAUACUGAAAAACCUUUUCGUAGUAAAAUUUCACAAAACCAAAAUCGAUCUAAAAAGAAAAUGAAAAUAUUGGAUAAAAUGAACUCUUAUCUUAAUAACCAUGAAAAGAAGAAGAAGAGUUUAAAUGCUGUUUUGCAUAAAUCCAAAUUAUCGUAUUCAAGAAUUAGUCAGUGUACGGUUGAGUCAAUGCCUUUAAAAGUGUCAAGAGACAUGGGACGGCCUUCGAUUGCUGAACCGACAUAUGAUUACCGUCGAAGUUUAGAUGACCUGGAAACCAUGAUUGAAAAUUGUGACCUUAAACUUAAAAAGCGCAAUAAGAGCCAUGUUUACGAUACAUUUUGGACAGCUCACAAAGGAGACAAUCAUGACAUAGCCAAUAUGUCUUCAAAUGUACAACUAUCUUCAACAGAUUCUACAUCAUCAUCCUCAUCUCCUUCAACUAUUUUCUCUUGCGCACACAUGAACAUUGAUCCUUUGCACCCAACAAAAUACAUGCCGAGUUAUGAAAUGUUUCAAGCAAGUCUCAAACAAUCUGAAACUUUAAAAGUGAAAAACGGCACGCUAAGUCACCGAAAGAAAUUUAAACUUUCCAACACUCAUUUAAAAGACUCAUUUGGAUUUGAAUCAGAUUUUCAGAAAAAACUUAAUCCAUACGGAUUUGACCACGCAAAUAAUAGCAAAAGUAAAAAUAUACAAAAACCCUCUUCCGUAUUAAGUUAUUUCCCUUCGCCCAUGGUCGUAAGAUUGCAAAAUCUACAAAAUGCGAAUCCUGCCUAUUUAAUUCAAAAUCCACUAAACAGAAUUAGUAAUGAAUCAUCGGGUCUUUCCUCAAAGACUCUGACUUCACGAGACGAGCAAAAUAUGAGCAACGUUACUUUAGAUAUAAUUCCGAAACCCAAAAUAGAUGUUAGCAUUCACAGUCCAUUUGCUAGAUGCACUGGUGAAUUAUCAAAACUUCCUUCAAGAAAUCUUAGACGUCCAGAUCUACCGAGUUUUUGUCAAAGUCCUUUAAGUCCAUUUUCUUUCCAUCCAACAACUAACAUUAGCUGCAAAAAGUUCUCAAGGCAGAACAUGGAGGAACCAACAGAGUCUUCGUCAAAUGUUCUAACGACAUCUCAGGAUUCCCAAAUCAACCGCAUUUCUCCAAGAAAAGCUCCUAAGAAUAGAAACUUAAAUAUAAGUAUUCAAAAUUCACCAAUGCCAAGAUUUAAACAUUCACAGACCACUCCAACAGAUGUCUUGAAAUCACUAUAUGAACAAACGACCAACACAAACUCAAUAGAUUCGAAAAAUUCAACAAGAGAUUAUGAUGAGUCCUCAGGUAAAUAUACUUCUACUUCUACUCAAACAAGAUUUGAAAAAGUAAACGUUUUUACUGAAACAGCUACAUUAAACUAUUGCCCAACUUGCAGUGCUUCAAAAAUAAAUGCAGGAACAAGUCCUUUCCUGAACUUAAAUAUCAAUGCAAGCAAUCGUACAAAAGAGAACUUUAACUGUUUUACUAACGGUGGUAACGCAGAAAAAGUAUCAGCAUGCACUACAAAAAAUCAAUUGGAUAUUUAUUCAAAUAGUGAGUGUGCUAAAAAUAAAAACUUCAUGGCGUUAUCUGAUCACGAUCAAAAUCACCUAAAAAAUUGCAAUCCCUAUACUAAUUGUAAUACUCAGCUUGAAACCGAUGGAAAUGGAAUAAUUAAAUACACCAAGGAAGAAAUGCAAAAUGAGUUUGAAAAUAAUAAAAAAUUAUCUUCAAAUGCCAACAGUCCUGCCAUGAAUGAAGUUAAUAUUACAAGCAGCUAUGUGGCAGAUGAAAAACAAAUGAAAAAAUACUCAAUAAGAGAUCAAUAUCAUUUAGAAAACAGCGGGAUUAUCACCAAUAUUGAAACUAAAGAUGAACUAAAGGACAACACAAAAGAGAGUAUUUGGAAUGAAGAAAAUAUUUUGAAGACCUUUAAGUCAGCUGAGAAGCAGAGGGAUCGAUAUUCAAUAACAAAUAAAAAUCAAUUAGAGAAUAGCAUAAAUAUCACUGGUAUUGAAACUGAGGCUGAAACUAAUGAAAGAACAAAAGGGAAUGAAAUUAACUCUCAGAGCAACUGUAUGCUAGGGGAAAAACAAUUGGAUAGAUAUGCAAUGACAAAUCAAAAUCAUUUAGAAAAUAACGUAAUUAUCACUAAUAUUGAAACUGAGGAUGAACCUAGAAAUAACACAAAAUAUGACACUAGUCUACCCCCUACAGAACCAAAUAGUCCUGACAUAACUAUAGAAGGAACUAUUGAAAAGUUUCCUUCAAAUAAUGCUUUAAUAUGCAACAAUGAAGAUCCUUUGCCUCCAACAGUUCCAAAUAUUCCUAUUUUAAGUAGCAAGAAUGAUAUCGGAGUUCUUAAAAAUUGUUCACCAGGAACAAUUGCUCCAAGAACUCCAUUUUUACAGAAAGGGGUUGAUUAUACGGAAUAUUGUGAAAACUGUUCUUUUGGUUCAAGCGAAAUUCGGGAAAGUAAAGAAUUUCUUCAGUCAGGAAAUGAAAAAUCUCCUGAGCGCUUAAAAAUGCUUGAUGAAGAACAUAAAGCAGGAUCCAGUUUGCAAAAUGCUCGGCAAUUUUUUAAUGCAAUGGAAGAAGGCAACAGAAAAUCUUCUGAUCAUGCCAUUUUCAGCAAUGCAAAUAAAAAGUGCUUUGGUGAGAAUAUGAACAGCCUACCGAGACAUGCAAUACUAAAUACUGAUUUAUCAAGUUUCAAACAGAAUAUAACCGAUAAAGACCGUAGAAAAAUUAUUGAACGUUCUAUGAGAGGAAAUAUGAGUAGAAUGUUCUUUGACAAAAAAGAGGAAAAUAAUUCCCUUCAUGAGUCAAAAAAUAACUUUAUCUUACCUUUCUCCCAACCUUCUUUAAUAGCAAUGAAUAAAGGGUGCAAAACAAUAGCUGACAAUUCUAAUGUGAAUAUUCAAGAAAAAAUUAUUGUGAACAACAAUAAAUAUGAUUCAGGGGGCCAGGAAAAAACUUCUGGCAUAUUCUCGUUUGCAAAUUCUUUUUCAGAAACAGCUGAUGGAUGCUGUAGAGAAAUAACCAGCAAUUCUAAAAUAAAUAUGAGAGAGUAUAUUAUGGAAAACGAUCAGAACACUUCAACAGGUCAGGCAAAAAUUCCUGACGUACUCUCUUCAGCAAAUUCGCCUCUAGACACCACAGAAGCAGACUGCAAAAAAAUAUCCGGGAAUUCUGAAGUAAUUAUGAGGGAAUAUGUUUCGGAAAACGACGAAGACGCAUCAUCUGGCAAAGAAAAAAAUUCCGACGUAGUCCCAUUUCCUAAUUACACAUUAGGCACAACGGAGGCAAACUACCUAAAGGUAUUUGGAAAUUCCACAGCAGAUAUGAGGGUCCAUUUUACGGAAAACCGUGAUGACGCUUCCUCAAACCAGGCAAAAAUUUCUGAAGUAUUUUCAUUUGAGAAUUCUUCAAAAACAAAAGAGACAAAUCACCCAAAAGUAUCUGAAAAUUCUGAGGUUAUGCGAGAAUACUUUGUUGAAAACGAUGAAAAGACUUCAACUGCCCAGAUAACAAAUACUGACUUUGCGAAUUCUUCUCUUAGCUCAACAGAGGGAGGAAGCAGAAAUAUCGAUGAUAAUUCUGCAUUUGAGAAUGGAAAGGAAAAUAACGAAAAUAGCUCGGUUGAUAAGGCGAAGAACUCUGGUACUCUUCCCCUCAUGAACUAUUCGGAAGAGUCUGCAGAUUUAAGAUUCGCUAAUGAAAAAUGCCGAUUCAUGGAAAACGAUUUUUCUCGCCAAGAAAUUCAAGUAAGUAAGAAAAAAUACAGUGUCUUAGCAAAGAUUGAUAGAUUCCUUAAAUCUAUGGAAAAUAAUAAUUUUGAUUCUGUGACCGAGGCUAUUAAUAUAAAACAAAAUUGCUUUUUGACAAACGAGGGCAAUAGUUCAACAGACCACUGA